UCACUUGAUGAUUACCUGUUCUGUUCGUUCCUUCUGAAGCAGCUGGCAUUGGCCACUGUCAGAAGACAGGAUACUGGGCUAGAUAGACCUUUGAUCUAACCCAGUAUGGUCAUUCUAACAUUCUUAUUUGUGUUUUGGGAAGCCAGUAGUCAAGGUCUGUUUUUUUUAAUGGGUUGGCAUUCAUUAAGCUGUUUACAAUUCAGAUUACUUAGCCAUGUUUGUUAUAUUUCACAUGUCUUCCAUACAGUGUCUUCAGUGUUCUGCUUACAAGAUGGUUGUGAACCAUUCAGCAUGUGUCAGGCUAAUGGGGUUUGUCUAGUUUCUCAGAAUGACUCUUGUUACCAUUAAGGAGGCAUUUUGUUCCCAGUGGAGUGAGGUGAUUGGCUGCUGGUCUAAAAAGGCAGAACACUCUCUGUCACCCCAUCCAAAUAGUUGCUUAAGCUGUUAAAUGCUUAUUUCCCCCCUUCUGUUUGGUAUAAUAGUGGUAAUGUUAAUAGAAUGCACUUUUGCUCUCCCCAAAAGUCUGUAACCACAUCAAAAAUUAAUGUCUGCUUUCCCUUGGAAUCAAUUCUCCAGCCUUAUUGACAGCUAACAGAGCCCAAACUUUCAUUCUGUAAUAGUUAAACAGCACAUUAGUCUAAGCUAAUUAAAUUUCUCCCUUUCCCCAAGCCCUUUUCUAAUGAAGAAUGACAUGGCUUGGAGGAGGAGGAAAUUCUUAGUUGCAUUGUGAUCACUUAACUUUGUGGUACCAGAUAUGAAGGCAAUGGAGAGUAAAAACAUAUGCAUAGCAGAUCUUCAGAUCUAAUCUUUAGUCAUUUUUCCAAAGGUAUCUAUACGGUCUGUGUCGUUUACACUGUGGCAGCAGUUGUACAGCUUUUCAUGCCAAUAAAGUAUAAUUGAACUGGAUUUGUAGCUCUGCUCUUUAGGCUGUGUAUGCUUAGGGCGGCGUAUAGAGUACUUACACUGCAUUUCCCCCUAGCACGGGUAUGAAUAACAAUGUAAAGGUGAGGCACUGCUUAGCCAAGUAGAGUAACAACAAAUCAGAACCUUAGGGUAUAUAACCUACAUGGAUCUCUACCUGCUCAAACUCUGCCUCCCCAAACUUUGCUGUUAUUUUUAGCCGUGUAGUGUCCUGCUGCCUCCCUGCUUUUGGAGCCUUUCCCUGCCACAGUGAAAGGCUGUAUACUGCUGUGUGUAGCUAUAUGUAUCAAUCACGCCAGCAGCAGUGCAGACGAGGCCUUAGUUAGAUUAAAUGGUAAUGGUUAUUAUUUGUAUUUCAGUAGCUCUGGUGGUUCUAACUGAGAUCAGGGCCCCAUGGGACUAGGUGCUUGGGACACACAUAAUGAGAGAGCAAAAAGUUUGCAAUCUAAACGGGUAAGACAGACAAAGAGUGAGAAGAGGAAACAGAGCCACAGAGAAGUGAAGUGACUUGCCCAAGGUUACAAAACGGGGCAGUGACAGAGCCCAGGUUUUCUAACGCCCAGUCUUUCACCUACACCAUGGUGCCUCCCAUUAUAAAUACAAAUGCUUAUACUUUAAUUUGGACUUAAUGAUUUCCUGUGCUUGUUCUUUUAAGACUUUUUACAGGCUUGCUUUGGAUAUCGUAGUCAUGAACAAGGUGUGCAAGAUAUUCCGGAAGGGACUGAUGGGGUUCAGAGGAUUUCAGUUCAUUGAUAUGACUGCCCAGGACUCCCUGACCUUUGAUAUGGAAGAAGACAAGAAAUAUACCAAACUGUCCUUCGACCACAAUGAAUUCAAGAUCAGAAAGGAUCACUUUCCUCUCAAGGCAGUCCAGAUAACCAAGAAGAAACCAGAAUGGAGAACUGAGAAGGAAAUAAAGCUGUUACGAAGCUGGUUGCAGUUUAUGGAAAGCUACCGAAAAUAUAGCCUGAAUCUGCAGUUGCUUCUGGCUAAAGUGAUUCGCUUUGAACGGUUUGGACGCAGGAGAGUCAUCAUAAAGAAGGGGCACUGUGGCAACAGUUUCUACUUCAUCUACUUUGGUACUGUUGCCAUUACUGAAGAUGAGGAUGGGAGCAGUGCCUUUACUGACCCAGAUCCAACUUUGCUUCGAAAAGGUGCUGGAUUUGGAGGGAAAUGUGAAGUUUUACGUCUGGUUGAUCUCACCACUUGCCCAUCCUAUCAUAAGUGGAUCAGUCAGCAAAUGGAUUUUCCCAAAUUCAGUCCUUAUUACUCUAUGGAGACUGACAUCACAGGCAGAAAAAAAUUCAAUAAUUUUAUGUGGAAGUCCUUUCCUGUGCAGGAUCUGAGUAAUCUGAAAUCGAUGUAUGUCCCACCUUUAAAUCAUCAGAAGGAUGAAAAUUUUGAAAGGCAAUACCUGGCUUUAAAUAGGAAAUAUAAAAAUGCGCACACAAAGCUGGAGAAACAGGACAGAGGUGACAGUAGAAGAUAUGAUGACUUCAGUGAUGAUGAGAAAGAAGGCGUUCAGAAAGAAAUAUCCGGGUUGUUCCGGAAGAAGCUAACUGUUCUCACACCACAUGGAGAGAUACCCACUGCUGUUGCCACAGCAAUUUAUACUAGGGUCGAUGAAGUGCAUAAAGGGGAACUCCUGGGGAUAAGACAGCAUCUUCUACCUGAAAAUAAGCAAGAUAAUCGGAGCAUGGUUUUGGUCAGUCAGGGAGCUGAGGUCAUUCAGCUGAAAAAGGAGAAGUUUGAGGAAUUAGCAGAUCAUACAACAAUAAUGAAAUUACACAAAUUACAGCCAAAAUAUCCCAGUGAUGAUGAGCUGUGUCAAAGUUUUCUGGAACAGAACCACUGGAAAAUAUUCAAGAAAGAUCUGAUGAAUCUUUUCCUGGAGCGAAAACUCAUGAUGAUGGCAAGUUCUCAGCAUGUGAAGCCCAAGAAAGAUAUUUAUAAUUCCUGGAGUGUGAAUCAAGCAGGUAUUCUAGACCUGACCACGAACCACCAUCAUCUUCCAACAGGCAUUCAAGGACUACAGCGCAGAUAUGUCCCUGUCCACAUCGGACAGGGAAAGGAUUCGGAGGGCCUGCCAAAUAUUGAGCUAAGAUUGAUUCAUGGCAUUGCUGUACCAUGGCCUAGUUUGAAAGGAUUGUUCUAGUGAGUUUGAAGAAAUUAGGCCGGCGGGUUUAACAGCACAGAUGCAGCUUGAGAAGCCAAAACGUGAAACCGCAAAUUUUUUAGUUGAAUGUUAUAAAAAUAUGUGAAUUUUAAAUAAAAGUAAUUUUCCCCAAUUUCUAAGUAACAAUUAAAUGUUCCUGCCUGGAUUUCUGCUGUGAACGCUGAAGUAAACUUAUUUUUCACUGUGGUAAUCUGCAUUUCUAUUAGCUUUGAGAAGGAAACCUGUUUUCACUAUUUUGUUUUUCUCUGCAAGAUGGAUAUUUUUAUAUAAGGUUAAGAUUUUCUGUUAUUUAUAUUUGAUCCUAAGAUACCUUUACGUUCUAAACAACAUAUUUAAUACAAAUAGAAAUUGAACAGAGAUUUUAACACAUCUCUGAGUUCAGUUGAUCAGGAAGCCAUGUGAAGUUUAAAGUGUUCAUUGGCUACUGCUGUAGUUUUUGUUGUGCUUCAGUAUGUUUGGGAAGUUGAUAAUAUGGCUUAAAGUUUAGACUGUUGAAAUAUGCUUCACACAGUUUUACAUGGUUUUUCAACACUGCAGAUGAAAUUUUAAAUUAAAGUUUUCAAUUAAAUACAAAAUAAUUAAAACAUUUCUAUUCAUACUUUUUAAAAUCUUAAUGUGUGAUCAUUAUUAUAAAGAGUUAGAUUUUAGAAAUAUAUUAACAGACUGAAAAGAUGUGCUCUUUCCCCAUGUCUUCCCUCUCAAAAAGCAGUUUUGAGAACUAUUCGCCAUUUAUGUCAGGCUUGCACCAGCAAAAUAUAUUUCUGGUACCUUAGUCAACAUAAAACAGAUUUGAGGCCCUGAUCCUGCAAAGAUUUACAUAUGUGCUUAAGUUAACCCAAUGUGAAUAGUCCUAAUUAAGUCAACAAGACUUCUCACAGUGCAAAAGGUUAAGCAUAUGAAUAAAUCUAUGCAGGAUUGGGGCCUAAGCUGUAUCAGUAUUUUUCUUUGUGUUAGCUAUAUAAUGUUUCUAUUAUAUGAAAUAUACUAUAUGAAAACACAUGUAUGCUAAGGCUGAAAAUGAUCAAAUAGUAUUUUUAUCUCAAAGGAUGUGAAUAAGUUAGUAAGACAAGAUACGGUUUUAAAGAAAGAAUAUCCACUUAAAUGUAUUUGUACAAAGGUUUGAUUUCCAAGAGAAUUAGUCAGAAAUGUCGGAAACUCUAUCUUUUGUCAUUAACGAUUUAAAAAAAGUAUGAAAAAGGUAAAAUGUGAGAUGAAGGCACAUGCUGAUCUCUCAAAAGGAAAACAGUUUGAAGAGCUGAUGAUUCAUUGAGUCGAUCUUGUAAUUUAUGUCAGGUUUCAGAGUAGCAGCCGUGUUAGUCUGUAUUCGUAAAAAGGAAAGGAGUACUUGUGGCACCUUAGAGACUAACAAAUUUAU